ACGGAAUCCAUACUAAUGUGCAUUGCGAUCUGGUUUGAAACUUCUACAAUUUCAUCACGAUUUUAAAUAAAUUUAUUGGUCAGCUGAUCUAGUGACAAGGAGUGAAGGGUUGCAACAGGCUCUCUGAUCUUGGAGUUGAAUCUAGCAUUGCAGAUUGCUUGAUUUCAAGGAUGAUUUUAAAGAGAUGAUGGGCCUCAAAUCAGGCUGUGGUGGGAUUGGUGUUGAUGGCCAGCCUCUACGAGGUGCUAGGAAUAGAGGAGACUGCUUCCUUGGAGGAGGUUAAAAAGGCAUACAGGACAAAAGCACUAGAGCACCACCCUGACAGGAAUGUUGGAAAUGCGAGCGCUCAUGAAGCCUUCCGCAAGGUCACAGAGGCAUACGAGGUGCUGCGCGAUGCUAGCAGAAGAUCAUCCUAUGAUUCCCUGCGAAGGGGAUUGGGAGGCAUCGGCAGCCAGGGGCCUUACUCAUCCAGCAAUUGGCGCCCCGGAGCAGAUGACUUCGAGGAGGCCUUUGCCAGUUGGUUUGAGCGGCAAGGGUUCAAGAGGAGCAUGGAUGAGCAGACCAUGAAGGAGCGGCGCGAGGCGACGCACAGGGCCAGAGCAGCUGCUUGGGAGGCUGAGAAGGCUGAAGCGCAGGCCAACAAGGAGCGAUUUGAGCGCGUGCGGUGGAGGACCAGGAAUGCGCGGGCGGUGCGCCAUGCGCAGGUGCUGCGGCGCUUUUGGCACACUAGCCAGGGGCUGGUCUGGCAAGACGCGCUGGUGGUGGUCAUGCUGGGCCUCUCCCUGGGCUUGAGCGCUGUGCAGCUGCGGCCCGCUGCCACGGCAGACAGCUCCGGCAAAGAUAAAAAGGGUCCGGGCGGCGGUGAUCCCACGGAAGGAGCAUGACACCAGAAUUGUUGAGUGACAACUGUAUUAUUUUCGAUUAAGCACCUUGGCAAGUCAAAUGGCAAGGUGCAGAGGUUCUUCCUAGCAUCAUGCUAUGAUAGCAUCUCUUUCAAAGAAGUUCUAUGUACAUUCUAUGUACAUUCCCGGAAGGGCCUUACCGUGACAAGUUGUACACGUACCGGUGUGGUUUUGGUGUAUCUGCAGGACUUCUGCCAAGAUUGUUAGAUUGCAGCAGC